GUCGUCUCAGAAGGGAAAAGCAGCACGGAGGUGUCACUACAGCCAUAGAAGAUGGUGUUGAGGCCACAGCGAUGCCAUGGAAAACCAAGAAUAGGAACACUCUGAAUGAUCAUAUGUACCAGCAGUAUAUGUGAGGCCAAGGCUUAUAAUGGGAAUGUCCUGUUUGAAAAAAAGGGAGACCUCUCAUUUAAUAUAAAACUGAAAAGAAAAAACAUAACAAUGGUUCACAUAAAGUUUCAGCGAUGACGUCAUCAGAUUGUCUCCAGUGAAGCACCAGCGAUAAUGUUGUCACAAGUGAUGCUGGGUGUCACCCUGUCCCUCCUCAUCCUUCUGACUGUCAGCGGUAACGUGCUGGUGUGCCUGGCUGUCUGCGCCUCCCGACGCCUCCGCUGCCUCACCAACUGCUUCAUCGUGUCGCUGGCUGUGACAGACUUGCUGCUCGGCCUCUUGGUCCUCCCUUUCUCCGCCCUCCUGCAGCUCAACAACGAGUGGCCGCUCGGCCCGGCCUUCUGCAACUUCUACAUCUCCAUGGAUGUCAUGCUGUGCACCGCCUCCAUCCUCACCCUCCUGGCCAUCAGCGUGGACCGCUACCUGGCAGUGACCAUGCCUCUGAGAUACGCCUCACUGGUGUUGCCAUGGAGAGUUGCUGUGGCCAUGGCCAGUGUUUGGACAGUGUCUGUGGCGGUGUCUUUCUUGCCCAUCCAAAUGGGGUGGAACACUGUUAAUGGCACAGUGCAGAACUACGGUCCCUGGGCUCCCGAGGGAAAAUGCCGUUUUGAGCUGAACAGGCCCUACGUACUGACAGACUCUCUUCUUACUUUCUACCUGCCUCUGGUGGCUAUGUGCUGGACGUACCUACGAAUACUACGCAUUGCACGGGCACAGGCCAAACGCAUUAUCAGUGCCCGACCCACUUGCAUCACAAGCUACAACUGCAGGAACAAUCCUUCCACCAGUACCACUGUGGUUUCCAGCGUAACAGCAGUGGCUCUGCGAGAGCACAAAGCCACAGUGACACUGGCAGCUGUGAUCGGGGCUUUUGUGGUGUGUUGGCUGCCGUACUUCAUCCUGUUCACAGUGUUGGGCCUAAAUGAGCAUCCAGACCCAAGCACAGUACCAGAAUACCCCAUUGUGUUGUGGCUAGGUUACACCAACUCAGCACUCAACCCUAUUCUCUAUGGGGCCCUCAACAGGGACUUCAGGUCAGCCUACACCCAUCUACUGAGAUGUCGAUGGCCUACUUACGGUGGGUGGAUGAGCCGGCAGCCGUCUCCUAUUCUAACAGCAGUCAGAUACCAGCUGACAGAGGUGACGCUGCUGUGUGGCCACACCCCUGUCACAUGCAGGGCAGGUCAAACAGACCAAAACUUAAUGCCUCAAGAAAUGAACAGCAGGACAGCCACAGCAACUAUCCAAUUUGCAAACGGCACUAAUGUUACAGAUGUCAACGGCAAUGAAAGACGAUGUCGGGCCCAGAACAAAUGA